AUGACGGUCGCAGUUGUUGUGUCCUAUCCUUCGGCGGAUCCAAAGACCGGAGAGCCCCUUAAGUUCGAUAUGGACUACUACAAGGCGAAACACAUGCCUCUCAUUGACAAGGUCUGGGGAAAGCACAACAUGAUCUCCUGGUCCAUCAACACCUUCGAGAAUCCAGAUCCGUUCACAGGUCAACCGGCUCCUUAUGGCGUUCAGACCACCAUUCUAUGGCAUAAAAUACAGGACUUCAAGGACGCUAUGGCAGACGAAGGUAGUAAACUCACGGGAGCAGACGUUGCCAACUUCAGCAACGUCUUCCCUGCGAUCUGGACAGGCGGAACAGGAGCAAGUGGUGAUCGGCAAGGCAUCGAGAAGAACAUGAAGGAUUUCGUGUACGGUCAGGGAGGACUUUGA